UCUCUUUCUGUUGUUGAACAACAUACAUUCACAACUAAGAAAAAAAGAAGAAACGCACAAAUAUGGUGCACACAAGGUUUACGAGUCUUUUACUAGGGCUUCUCUUUGUCAUGCAUGCCCUUAGGAACUCUUCUGCAUACUCUCAUCCAGGUGAAGAAGGGCUUGAGGCUACAAGAAAAAAUUUUGGGGUUCAAAAGGGGCUUCUGGAUGGUGUUAACACUGCUGGUUUGAAGAAAAUAGGGCUUGGAGGAAGGAAAAUGGCAGUCCACAAAGUGCUGAUGAGCAAAGAGAUUGAGAAGCAAGAUGUCACUACUUCAGAGAUUUCAGGAAAGGACAGUGAAGCCUCAAAGAAGCCUCUUGACUGCUCUCAAUAUAAAGUGAAUGUUCAGAACAAUUUGAACAAGUUGGAGCCAAAGUCAUCGAAGUCUGCAAGCUUCAGAAUUCCUAGGAGUAAGCCGGCUGAACCUCAAAACUCUCAAGAUUCCAAGGCAGCUUCAACCAAAGCCAGCUUGGAGAGUUCCUCAAGGUCUGACAAUAAGCCAGCCUCUCUAGAAACGAACCAUACUUCUCAUGAAGCUCGAUGGCUUCUUCAGGCAACCAAAGAGAUUGUGAACCUGAUGCACAAGGAUUAUAAGGGAAUGGGUCGCCGUAAACCACCCAUCAAUAACCACGAGCCUUGGCAUUGAGUUAAACAAAAAUCAUGAGUAGGUUUAGGCUCACAAUUUUGCUUUUGGAAGUGAAGUCCUUACCUACAUAAAAUAGGUUAUCUUUC